UAUAGAUUUUUCGGAUAUGGCCGCUGUUUCGGCAAUACAACACUGCAAUGUUUUGUAUAUUCAUGAUGAAUAAAGUGUUUUUUACGUAUAAGUAGACAAAAGUAGUUCGUGUACAGUGCUGUGAUAUUUGUAAUGGAUGCAGAGAGCGAGUACGAAAUAAAGAGAGGGGAUGCUGUUCAGAUGAUACAGACCAUCCAAUCUAUGAUCGACGUUUCUGCUGAAAGACUCAAGGGUUUGAGGACACAAUGCUUGACGAGCGCAGAGCUGACGCAGCAAGAGAUCCGGACCCUGGAGGGUAAGCUGGUGAAGCACUUCUCGCACCAGCUGGCGAUCAAGGCGCGCAUCGGGGAGGAGCUGGCGCGUGAGCUCGGCGAGGUGCCGUGCCUGGCGCAGUGGCUGCGGGUCGUGGGACUGUCGCCCGAGAGCAUUGAGUCAGCAUGCUCCAAAGUAUCGAACCUGGAGGCGCUACGAGAGCGCUCCGAGCACGAGCUGCGGGCCUUACUGCCGCGCGCGAGGGACGAGGAGGUGCGCCGCCUGUGCCGCGCCAUGCAGCGGCUGCGGACUUAUACUGAUGCAAUAGCGCGGGGCGCGGGCGGCGCGGAGACGGCGGAGAUGCAGCUGUACUGGGACUCGUGGGAGCGACAGAGAGCGUCGCCCAGAGUCAGGACGCGACUGUCGCAUACCGAGCAUCAUGAGCAUCAUAGAGCUAAAGGAGGCAAGUCGCCCACAGAGCAGCCGCCGCCGCCGCCCGCUCCUCCCGCCCCGGCCGUCGAGACCCCCAUCAGCAAGUCCCGCUCGCACGAGUCGCAGCUCAGCGUGCGGCCCGAGGGAAACGAUCUUAGUGACAACAGCCAGUCGUCGGCGGCGGCGGAGGGCUCCCCGCCCGCCUCCCCGCACGAGGAGCCGCCCCCCAAGCCCGCCAACAACAUCAACCACAACAAUGUAUCGAAGCACCCGCCCGCGCCGCGCUCCCCGCGCACGCCCACGGUCGGCCCGCGGCCCGGCAUGGCGCACGACAUCGCACAUCGCUUCACCAAGACAUUCAACAUGAUCGCCACUUGUGAUUAUUGUGAGAAGCAGAUGUUGUUCGGGUCGGGGUUGAAGUGUAAAGAGUGCAAGUUUAAAUGUCACAGAGAUUGUGAAAGUAAAGUUCCUCCGUCGUGCGGGCUACCUCCAGAAUUCGUUAUAGCAUUUAAGGAAAAGAUUAGAUUAGAUGGCGGCGGCUACUACAGCGGCUCCCCGAUCAGCGUGCGAGCGGCGAGCGGCUUCCCCGCGACGUGGACGCACCGCCCGCGCCGCCGCCCGCCCGACCGCGCCAGCAACCCCGCGCCCUUCCAGGGCGGCCCCGACUCGUCGUCCAACACGUCAUCCUGCAACAGCUCGUGCCCCUCCUCCCCCGCGCUGCGCCCGCAGGACAACAAGCCCGCCAACACCUUCCACUUCCCAGAAGUGAAAACGCCGGUGUCGAGUCCGAACCACAACGUGACGCAGUCGCCCGCGCGGAUUAACCACGACGUCAAAGAGGAACUCGUGUCAAGCGUCAAAAGUGAUCACAGUCGAGUGUCGCUCAGCGGGUCUGCGUCUACAGACUCUGGCAAUGCGUUACGAGGCGACUCGUUAGAUGAAUCCGCCAAUCACAACGACGCACGGUGGCCAAGACAAAAUAGCCUCUCAAUGAAAGAGUGGGACAUACCAUACGACGAGCUCAAGCUGUUCGAAGUCAUCGGGACCGGUCGAUUCGGCACCGUGUAUCGAGGCAGCUGGCACGGAGCGGUAGCCGUCAAGCUGUUGCAUGUGCAGGCGUUGGGCGAUGACGUGACGCCGUUGGACACGUUUAAGCAUGAGGUGGCGACAUUCCGCAAGACCCGUCACGAGAACCUAGUCCUCUUCAUGGGGGCGUGCAUGAAGCCGCCCAAGCUGGCCAUCGUGACGUCACUGUGCGCCGGCAUGACGCUGUACACCCACGUGCAUCUACGACGAGACAAGUUCAACGCCAACAAGAGCGUGCUAGUGGCGCAGCAACUAGCACAGGGUAUGGGCUACUUGCACGCGCGGGGCAUCAUCCACAAGGACCUCAAGUCCAAGAACAUCUUUCUAGAAAACGGCAAGGUGGUGAUCACGGACUUCGGACUGUUCUCGGUUACUAAACUGUGCUUCGGGAAUAAUGCCCGCGGCGACAGCCUGGGCAUCCCGCCGGGCUGGCUGGGCUACCUGGCGCCGGAGCUGGCGCGCGCGCUGCGGCCGCACGCCUCCGUGCAUCUGCCCUUCUCUAAGCACACCGACGUGUAUGCCUUCGGCACGGUGUGGUACGAGCUGCUGGUGGGCGAGUGGCCGUUCAAAGGGCAACCUCCUGAAGCCGUCAUCUGGCAGGUCGGCAAGGGCGUCAAACAAUCGCUGGCUAACCUGCAAGCGUCCAGGGAUAUCAAGGACAUCCUGAUGCUCUGCUGGUCUUUCCACGCAUCCGACCGGCCCGACUUCGCGCACCUUCUCUCUACCCUCGAGAAGCUACCCCGCAAGCGUCUCGCUCGCUCGCCCUCGCACCCCGUGCAGCUGUCCCGCUCCGCCGACUCCGUGCUCUGAGCCCGGCCCGGCGCCGCCGCCGCCGACAUACCGUACGAGUAGCGGCGCCACUGUACGAGGGGGUUGAGCUGGGAUUCUGUAGCAAAUAGGCUGUUGUUUUCGCACCUAACAAACAAGUUAGUUACUUGAGUCGUUGUUUAUGAGUAUUAUGCGUCUUAGAUGGGAGCCAAAUUCUCAAUGAAAUACGUUAUUUUCACACCUGAGAAAGUUAGUUACUAAUUUUAGUUACUUAAUUUAGUUACUAAAAUUAGUUACUAAAAUUAGUUACUAAAAUUAGUUACUAAA